AUGGACCCUACUGUGGCCUGUAACUCAACGAGAGGAGUUACGACAAGCAGUGGUGCGGGCGUUGCGGCGGGCGGCGCCUCCCAGCGCCAUCGGUACAAAGUGACCCUCGGACGCGACGCGGUAAUUUACGAGCCAACGAACGGCCUAAUUCCCACUAAUUUUCAGGGGUUCUCAUUGGCCGGGGGUAAACCAAGUUAUGGCUACUAUGGACUCCCCGGAAGCGGCAAGAUUCGCGCCUCUGCCAAGAUGUUGGAGAUGAGCAAUGCUGAAGGUAGUUUUGAGGGUCAAUUAGGUGUCACAGGUCACGAGUGA